AUGGAGUGCACACCAAAUGAAGAAAAGGGGACAGAUUACUUCGACAUCAUAACGAAUCUAUUCAAUUACUUCACAUUGGGCAUCGAUGAUAAGGUAACCCCCAAGCAGAACUCGCCUGACGUGCAAAAAGAUGGCAGAGGAUCGACCCCUCACCAACGAAACAGCAUACAACAAGUAGUUUACAAUUUGAAGUUGAAGAGGGCAUCCGACUUGAAGAUUUCUACUCGGUUUGGCUUGGACGCUCCGCCGGUGCACGACAGAAAGGGAUUCGAGAAAGAACGACAACAAGAAGACAAUGCCUCGACUAACGUGCACCCAGUGAAGUGCGAGGGGGGGGAAAACAGAAGAAGCAGUUCGGCGGAAAAUUGCCUGAACGGGUCAGGUGAAAGAAGGAAAAAAAAAAAAAAAGGAAAAAAAAAUAGGGAUAAGCAGUACACUUCCAGUUUUGAUUUUUCCGGGGGGGAGUUUUUUCAGCUGAAGGAACAGAGUGGGAGUGAAGGGGAGGAAGACUCCAAGGUGGAGAAACGUAAAGAGGAGCGGAAGAAAAAGCGGGAAAAGGGCAAGGAAAAGACGAAGAAGAAGAAAAGCAAGAGGUGGGAGGAGGAAGAGGAAAAGACGAAGAAGACCGCCGAAGCCGCCUACACCGCCAACGCCGCCAACGCUGCCAACGCCGCGGACGACUCUGAAUUGGAGCGGGGGAUGGAGGGGACAAAACGAAACGGAGGGUGUGACAAAAGGGACGAAGGUGAUGAACCCCACAGGGAAGAGGAAACAGUUAACAUCGGAGAAAACGCAAAGGGAGGGGUGUGCGUGCAGGAAGAAACGGAGAAAAUGGAGAAAACGGAGAAAGCGGAGAAAACGAAGAAAAUGAAGAAGAAAAAGACGAGACGGGAAGAGAUGAAGGUAAACGAAACGAGCUGCUCUGAAAAUGGCUCGGCCCAAAUGAAACCCGAGAGGCGUACGAGCGAACCGAGGAAUCCAUCAAACACAAGAAAAGGAAAACAUAACCAUGUUCGCAAGGGGAACAACAGCACACUAAGUAGCAGCUUCGUUCAACCGCCUCGGAGCAGCAACUCGGAUGAGCCAAACUUCCUACACGUCGUUGACGAGGCCGAGUCACAAAGAAAAGAUUUCGUAAAGGCGCAGGAUGAGCUAGCCAUAAAUUACAUUUCGGACAGCAAGAAGAGUUAUAUAAGCAUACGGAGCAGUAAUAGGGAUAAGGAUGAUGUGAUACAAUUACCCAAGUUGAAUUUAUCAUCGCGGGGGGGUCGGUCUUCAUCGGGGGAGGAGGAGAAUGAGACGACGGACGGAGAGGACAUGCUCACUCCAUUAGAGCAGCUGCAUCAGUGA